AUGGCCCGCGUGAGGGGACCUUCUAUAUCUGCAUCUACCAUCACGAUACUCGACGAGAAACUGACUGAUGCCAACGCCACAGCCCUGGCACAGUUCUUACACGACCACAACCUCGCCGCGGAAACCCUCCCGUUCUGGCUAGUCAAUAUACCCCGGUCGCAAUGGACUGCCGAAUGCCCCGGCUUUCUACACGGCCAGCCUCCAAAGAAUAUUCAAUGUCUUUCCACUCCCGAUGACCACUAUACCCGGCAGGACUGGGCGCAAGUGAAAGCGAUCAUCGGUCAGCCCGGCCAGAUUCCCGACGCGAUCAUAAUUGCUAACUCAGGCUGUAUAGAGACCAACCGCAUCGAUCUGUUCCAAAGAGUUCCUAGCGAGCUGCGCAAGUACCUGGAGUACAUGGCGCAAAUCAAAGCGGAGUAUUCAUCGGUGAUGCGCUUCGUGAUCAAGGAACGAUUACAGUGGGGGGACGGCAAACUCUCCGACCUGCAGCCUCGCGGCAAACCCUUCGAAUUCGACGGUAUGGGAUGGGGAGAUUCGAACUCGAAAGAAGAAUCCGCACUAACGGCUCUCAGAGGACAUCCGAAUCUUAUACAAUGA